GGUAUUCCCCAGGCUGAGCUCAUGUCGUUGACGCAGGCGCAGGCAGCGUCUGCGUCAGAAGAUGCUGAGCUCCGGGAGCGCCUCUUUCUCUCUGAUGUGGAGCACAGCAGAGAGUCUCCCUGCAAGGUGGAAGCGGCCAAUGGAGACGCCGAUCAGACUACAUUGAUAAUAUUUGUGCCGGAAUGGAGAGCCAGCUCUUCUUGUUGUCAAGCCGCUGGCGGCUGCUGCUGCUGCUCAGCUCGGUCGCAGCCUUGUCUGGCGCCCGGAGCCCCGCGGCUGCUGCGGGCAGGAGCUGCGCCGACACCCGGCAGGUGUACUCGGAGAAGGGCUACAGCACUAACAACGCUCCGGUCACUCAAAUCUCCGGUGAGCACCUGCGGCUCUGUCCUCAGGACUACACCUGCUGCUCCAGUCAGAUGGAGGAGACGCUGGGCCUCCAGAGUGAGAGGGACUUCCUCAAAGCGAUCGAAGAGAACAGUCAGUUCCUGCAGACCACCUUCACACAGAGACACCGCAGGUUUGAUGAAUUCUUCAGGGAGCUCAUCGACCUUUCAGAGAAGUCUAUGAACCAGAUGUUUACCAAGACCUACGGCCUGCUCUUCACUCAGAAUGCCCACAUCUUCCAGGAGCUGUUUGUGGAGCUUCGCAGAUAUUACUCCGGGAGCAGCGUGAGUCUGGCAGAGGUCCUCUCAGAUUUCUGGUCCAGACUGGUGGAGCGGGUCUUCUCUCUGGUCAAUCCGCAGUACCAGUUCAGUGAAGACUACCUGGAGUGUGUCAGCAAACACGCCGAACAGCUGCAGCCCUUUGGGGACAUGCCUCGCAAACUCAGAGUGCAAGUUUCCAGAGCGUUCAUCGCAGCCAGAUCUCUGUCUCAGGGCUUGGCUACUGGGCGGGACAUUGUAAACAAAGCAACAAAGCUGACUGCAGAUCCAGAGUGCGUGCGUGGCCUGAUGCGUCAGUGGUACUGCCCCCUGUGUCGAGGCGUGCCCUACCUGCAGCCGUGCCACCCCCUGUGCCUUAACGUGAUGAAGGGCUGCCUCGCCAACCAGGCUGACCUCGACACAGAAUGGAACAAUUUCAUUGAUGCUUUGUACCUGGUUUCAGAAAAGUUGGAGGGGCCGUUUAACAUGGAGCUUGCUGCUGAAUCCAUCGCCGUGAAAGUUUCAGAGGCAAUCAUGUACAUGCAGGAAAACAGUGUUAGCGUCUCCAGUAAGGUGUUUCAAGGUUGUGGAGCUCCAAAGCCAUCUCCAGCACGAUCCAAACGCUCGCCCAAAGAGUCAGGAGGCAGCAGGAGGCCCUUCCGCACCUACACACCUGAGGAGAAGCCCACCACUGCUGCAGGCACCAACCUGGACAGACUGGUUACUGAGCUCAAGGAGCGACUGCGGCCCAUGACUGGCUUCUGGGUGUCCCUCCCACAGACCAUCUGCAACGACGAGAAGCUAGCUGCCGACGUCACAAAUAGUGAGCGCUGCUGGAACGGGCAGACCCGGGGGAGGUAUCUGCCAGACGUGACGGGUGACGGGCUGGUCAGUCAGAUCAACAAUCCUGAGGUGGAGGUGGAUAUUUCUCGUCCAGAUGUGAGGACUAGGCAGCUGAUCAUGGAGCUGAGAGUGGCGACCAACAAACUUAAGCAUGCUCUGAGCGGACAGGACAUGGACUUCAUGGACAGCGAGGAGGGCAGUGGCUCAGGGGGUGAAGACCAUGAAAGGUACAAUGAUGAUUGGCCUGAUUAUUCUCCACCGCACAGUAAACCCCCACAGAUUACCCCGCCCAACGCUGGAAAGUCUCCCAGAGGCAGAGAGAAGAAUGGGCCCAAGUGGAACCGAAACAACAGCAAGACCCGGGUUCCAUCUGCAGCCAGUCUGCUCCCCUUUCCUCUAGUUCCCCUGCUUUCUUUGCCGUUCAUGGUCACUGUUGCCCCCAUGUGGAGAUAGCUGGUUAUUACAGCCAUCGAAGGAAAAUGAAAAAGGAGCAACAGGUUUAAGCUGUAUUCUAUGUCGGCCCACCAGCAGAAAAAAAUACAAAAAAGCCCAAUGAUACGUUAAUAAAAAAAACAACAACUUCACUGCACUAAAAAUUCGGCAGGGGUUCAGUGUUUUUAAGUAUUUUCCUCUGUGACUUUUUGAAAUCAAUGCUGCCCCCUUGUGUACGCAAUUGGUUACUACAGCCCAGGAAAGCAAUUAAAAAUGUUCCAAUUGGAAUGCCAGCAGAAAACCCCCCAGCAAAAAUCACAAUGAAAACUUCCUUAGUGUACAAAAAUAAAUUCAAAACUACCAACCAAAUGAGAAAUUUCUGUUACACUUUAACAAAAAAUUCUGAAUGUCUUAAAACCUUUUCCUUUUAUUUUUUUGGAGCUUGUCUGGCUCACUAAGUCAGCAGAUAAUGUGGUUACAACUUUAUUUAAAUAAUUUAUUCAAUUUUUAAAGCGUAAAAUAUUAUGUUGACUUAAAUUGUAUUUUUUUUUUUUAAAUUUUUUGUCAAAUAUUUUGUAUUCCUCUUCUUGUUUGAGUGUGUGGGUUUGUUAUUGUCAUCUGAAAAUAGGUUUGACAUUUUGGAACGAAAAUACAUCAUAUUAUCAUGUAAAAUGUUGGAUUAACAGUAGAUCUGUGUGUGUGUGUGUGUGUGUGUGUGUGUGGGUGUGGGUGUGGGUGUGUGUGUUUGUAUUUACCAUGUUCUGCUGUCUAGUUGAAGUGAAAGGUCUUUUAAAAAGGGAAUUUUAAAGAAUUAUUCUUCCAGAUCACAAAUGAUGUUGCAGAUUGGAGACUGUUCUCCUGUCUCCUUUGUAGUUGUGCGUGUUGAUCAGAUUCAAGGGUUUUCAAUGGGAAAAGCCUGCAUUUGGGGGUGAAAGUAGUGCAAAUGUUUGUGGGUUACUUUUGUUUUUUAAUGGCCACAGAAAUACACGGACGGCCCAGGUGAAACCGAAACACUUACAUGAGUGUAUGCUUUUUUACUCAAUGUCAAAAACAAUCAACGGUCUGAUAUUUUUCAAAAACACAGAACCCCCCUUUAAACUUCUGCUAUUUAUUGAGAAGAUCUUAAUUCCAGUUUUGAAUACAAUCUCCAGGGUUUUUCCAUAACUUUUGGAAAAUAAAUUCCAGUCUAUAACCUUAUGUUCUUAUUCCCCAGAAAGUUGUUUCCAAGCCUACGGGUUUGUUGAAUCCCUCAGAGAAGCACAAAAGAAUGUAUAAAUGCUGCAGAGGAAUUGUUAGACAUUUUUGUUUGUACAGGAGAAUUCUUUUUUUGUUUUGUUUUUUGGUAAAUAAAAUGGCAUCGUAAAUGUUUAAAAGAUGAUCUGGUUGGAAGCCGAUACCAGCAGGCAUGGAUGUGUCCAUUUGGAUAGAAAUCUGUUAAUAAGGAAGACGUGUUGUCAUGAUUUCUCCAAAAACACUAUGAUAUUGCACAAAAAAUGAUGUAAUUAUGCGCCUUGAAUGGUCGGCAGUCCCAGCAGUGAGUGGUUGCUGCAAGCUAUUACAUUUCCUGUGUUUCCUCUGCUUCCAUUCCUUCAUGGUGAACGUAUAGCACAAGCUUUUUUUUUUGUAUUUGUAUGCUUUAUGUUAGACUUUUCUGCUUCAUUAAAACAUUUGAUGAAAGUUC